AUGGAGCCAAGGCGACACUUACCAAAUUCUUCAUCAAUUGCGAGAAGAUCAUCAAAGGUCGCAUAUUCAAGGCGAUGCGCGCACACUAUAACUCUCUCACAGAAACCACGAGUCUUCCCUGGUUCGGGAUGGGAGAACAUCGACCCUUCUGUUCUAACUGAAGAAGAGAGCAUUCCAACCUAUAAGCCCGAGAAAUUCUAUCCCGUCCGUAUUGGUGAAACUUUUAAUCAUCGAUGUCAGGUUGUUGGCAAGCUUGGCUAUGGUUCAGCUGCGACUGUGUGGCUAUGCCGCGAUCUCUUGGGCCAUUGUUAUGUAGCACUCAAAGUUUACAUCACCUCAACAUCUGUUUCCCAGGAACUGCAAAUCUAUAACCACCUAAAAUCAAUCCGAUCCGACCACGCAGGCCAGUCAUGUCUGCGGCCGUUGAUUGAAACGUUUCAGAUUCUAAAUCCCGAUGGACAUGGAACUUAUACAUGUCUUGUGCAUCUGCCGUUAGGCAUAAGCCUCGACCAGCUCACAUCACUUCUCCCUGGUAAAGUCAUGAGCAGCUCUAUGGUGAGAACUACUAUGCGAAAUAUCCUCGCGGCUCUCGACUUCCUUCAUACCGAAGCACAAGUCAUACAUACAGCCCCUGUACCCAGAAAGUCUCAUUCAGAUCGUACAAUCUACGUCUCACGACCACUCCCUAUCUCUUUUGGCACCCCUGUGCUCUGUGGCUUGGGAGAGGGUCGAUUGGGAACAGACAACCAACAGGGUGAUAUCAUGCCGGAUAUCUAUCGCGCACUGGAAGUCAUUCUGAACAUGAAUUGGGACAAGAAAGUUGACAUUUGGAAUGUCGGGAUGGUGAUUUGGGAUCUUUUCGAACAUCGUCACCUUUUCAAGGCCCGAAAUGACGAGGGAAAGCUAGAUGAUGGUCAGCAUCUAGCAGAAAUGCAAGCUGUUCUAGGAAGGCCUCCUGCACAAUUCCUCGCUCGAAGCGAGAGGUCGCCCCAAUUUUGGGAUGCCAACGGCCAAUGGAAAGGUGCAGUUCCGAUUCCGGAUUACGAUCUCGAGACUUUGGAGGAAAGACUUGAAGACGGCGAAAAGGAAGAUUUCUUGCGAUUCCUCAGGCGCAUGCUUUGCUGGUUGCCGGAAGAACGAGCUACUGCAAAGGAGCUGUUGUUCGAUCCUUGGCUGAUGCACGGUCUUUUCAGAUAA